GCUACCCCUAGAUGUCGACCAACUACGGCCAAGUGUAUCGUCCUCUGGGCAGCGAAGACUUGCAUGCGAUCAAGUACAUUGUCGUCCAGGUGGCUGUCGACCUUCUUCUCCAUGGUGUGCAGAUCACGCUUUCUGCCGCAGCAAUCACGAUCCUCGCGCGUCGACACGGACGAUCGCGCUUCACGCUGGUGGCCAUAAUCGGGCUGCUCCUAUCCUCUACGAUAUACGCCGUCGACAAUACGGUAUUCUUCCUGGUUCAGUUCCCGGUAGUCAUCGGCACAUCUGAGCGCUCUAUCGAUGUGUUGCUAUAUCGUUUAAACAUCCUGCUCGGUGUAUCCCAAGAUUUGAGCUAUACUCUGAGCGAUGCUGUGCUCGUAUGGCGAGCCUGGUGCUUAUGGCCAGAUUGGUUUCUUGCGAAAUGUAUAUUAUCACUGUGCAUGUGUGGAACCGUAGUGGGUGGCAUUGUAGAGUUGACAUGGAUUUACUGGCCAUCUCUAUAUGACCCAUACAUCAGCGAAAGCAUCAGCCAGUACCUGACCAGGUUUAUUCCGCUUCUGACGACCAAUAUCGUCGCGACGGUUCUCAUUGGCAAAAAAGUUUUACAUCACCGCCAAGAGAUACAGGGCUUGCUUGGCUUCUUCAUGUGGAAAUCGCAAGCGGAGGCGGUCCUGAUGCUGCUCCUCGAAUCAGGUCUUGCAUAUAUCCUUUUCUGGCUUGUCGACUUUGGCAUGUUCUUCAGUGCCAACAAAGACGGAUUCUCCGGCGGUGCCAUCUUCACCAACAUCUCUAACCACAUCGCCGGAAUAUACCCAACAUGUGUCCUGUUCGCCGCCGUGGGAGGCACAACGGACUCCUUGCUCAGUGCUCAGGUGUCGCAAGCCAUGCACUUUGCCGACCCGCCUGCGGCACACGAAGCAGCGCGCGAAGCGGACACGACAACUUCCUCCCAGCCCGAGGACUCCAACAUCCGAAUCGCCCUCGACGGCGGGUUUCAGAACUCGCGCGCGCACAGACUCCCUGGCCCGGCUGGCACCCGUAGCGACGAGUCCCGCUUUGCAUCGAGCGAGGGCAUCAUCGAAGUCGAAAGGGAGACGACCACCAUGUAGGCGGCAGCGUCGGAGGUGGGGAAGAGUUGUUAUGAAGGAGAAAAAGUUGUGCCCAUGAUCCAUGGCUUCGGUGGACAGUAUUUAAUCUCCCUAUACCGUCUUAGAUGCCAUUGCGCGAAUCCCUAGCCUCAAGCACUGAUAUCUAUUCGACGAGCCUUUGUCGUCGCCACUGAAUAUCGAUCUGCUCAAGAUUUCCUCCUAUAUACAUACAUCACACUAGUAACAGUCAAAGUACUCAGAUCCG